UAAGCAAAAAAGCAUCAUAUCAUACACUCAAACACCAUAUUCUGUCCUCAUUGCAAAACUUCAAAUCAAAUGCAUAUAAUUCCAAGGUCCAAAGCUAAAAACCUCACUGUUCUUAUCAAACACUCUCAACUUCCAACUUGUCUUUCAUUUUGUUCAUCAACCACCUCUCCCUCCAUUUCCAAACCAACCAACACAAACCCAUUUCUCCACCCAAAUACACAAACACUUUCCCAACUUCUCAAGCAACGUCCAUCGCUCUCUCACCUCAAACAAAUCCAUGCCCAAGUCCUUAUCCAAUCAUACCCUUCCCUAACUAAUUCUCUCAUCCAUUGUUACCUCUCUUCCAAGGACUUAACCACUUCAAGAACUUUAUUCAAUAGCUAUCCAUUUCCUUCACCACCUACUCUCUUAUGGAAUAUCAUGAUCAGAGCUUACUCUAAGCUUCACAAUUGUCAAGAACCCAUCAUACUAUUCGGUCGAAUGCUCGCUUUAGGCCUUGACCCUGACAAAUACACUUUCACUUUUGUCAUCACUUCGUGUUCGCAUCAAUUGUCUUUGGUAUAUGGUGAAAUGGUUCAUUCGAUGGCGGUGAAAAAUGGGUUUGAAUCGGAUUUAUAUGUAGGCAAUGUUUUGAUCAGUAUGUACUCUGUUUUUGUGAAACUGGAGGAUGCCCACAAAGUGUUUGAUCAAAUGUCUGACCGGGACGUGUCCUCGUGGACUAGUCUGCUAUGUGGGUAUGCGAAACAUGGGGAGAUGGGUAGAGCCUGUGAAAUUUUCGAUAAGAUGCCAUUGCGUAAUAAUGUAUCCUGGACCGUUAUGAUUUCGGGUUUUGUUGGUGUUGGAAGGUAUAUUGAAGCCCUAAGCUAUUUCAGUGACAUGCUAUGUGAUGAUGAGGUCCAAGCCAGUGAGGCUGUUCUUGUUUGUGCACUCUCUGCUUGUGCUCAUCUAGGAGCCUUGGAUCAAGGAAAUUGGAUCCAUGGUUAUAUAGGCAAGAGUAGAAUUUCAGUGAGCUCAAACAUUUCUACUGCUCUUAUUGAUAUGUACGCAAAAUGUGGAAAGAUCAAUUGUGCUGCUCAAGUUUUCAAUGGAAUCUCUAGAAAGGAUAUUCACAAUUUUACAAGCAUGAUUUCAGGAUUAUCGAUUCAUGGACGUGGUAAUGAUGCUUUAUGUGUUUUCUAUCAAAUGUUAGUUGAGAAUGUUAAGCCCAAUGAGAUCACCUUUUUGGGGGUUUUAAAUGGAUGUAGCCAUUCUGGUCUUGUGGAUGAAGGUUCUUCAAUCUUCUACAAUAUGGAGAGCUUGUGGGGUGUUGUGCCCAAGAUUGAGCACUACGGGUGUUAUAUUGAUUUACUUGGCCGUGCAGGUUACUUAGAAAGGGCAUUCAAAAUUGUGAAGAGCAUGCCCAUGGACCCUGACAUUAUUAUAUGGAGGUCUUUGCUUAAUGGCUGUAGAAUCCACCGUGAUGCUAAUCUUGCAGAGUGCAUCGUAAAUCACAUUGGGGAACUAAAUUCUCGAAGUUGUGAUGGAGGUGAGGUGCUACUUUCGAACUUGUAUGCAUCUCUAGGUAGAUGGGAGGGAGUGGUUGAAGUGAGGAAGCUAAUGGGUGAGAGAAGGAAUGAAUCAAACCCUGGGUGUAGUUGGAUUGAGGUGGGUGGUGUUGUUCAUGAGUUUCGAGUUGCUGAUACAUUUCAUCCACAAAUUGCAGAAAUACGAGACAAUUUGAAUGAAAUUUUGAAAAAGGCAAGCCUGAGAGGCUACGUCGCCAAAACAAUGCAAGUUUCAUUUGAUCUGAGUGAGGAAGAGAAAGAGCAAGCAGUGGCUUGGCACAGUGAAAAGUUAGCUGUUGCUUUUGCCAUGAUGAGUACUCUACCAGGGACUGCAAUUCGGAUAGUGAAAAAUCUAAGGACUUGUGAAGAUUGUCAUUUAGCACUAAAGGCCAUUUCCAAAGUCUUUGGUAGAGAAAUUAUUGUUAGAGACCGUUCUCGUUUCCACACUUUCAAAGAAGGAGAUUGCUCCUGCAAUGAUUACUGGUAGUUAUAUGUCCUUUUGUGUUUUUAAUGGGGGGAAAUGCAAGUUGAAUGAAGAUAGAAUCAAUCAAUGAUCGUUGCCCCCCAAAGUCUUUCGAUGGACCACCUGUAUUUGCCACAAAGAAGGUGGUUGGAAAAAUCAUUGGAUUUGGUGUUCUUCUACGAACCUCAAGCAGCUGUUGGACAAAUGAGAAACUUUCUCACUGAAAACCAAUAAAUAAAUGAAUAAAGUAAAAAAUAAAAAAUAAAAAUAAAAUAAAAAAGAGAAGGACAAGGAAUUUUCAAUCGGCUAGAUGUAUACGGUUUCAGCAAGCUGGAAGUUUUCACCCUUUCAUGUUAUGGAAGACUCAACCUGCAGGAAGAUACAUGACACAUCUACCUCGAUUAGGUUUCUUUCCGCUUAAAGAUAUUCGAUAUUAAAACUUAAGGCCUAAAAAGAAAGAAAAAGCUAUCUUAUGCUUUUCUUCCUAGCCUGAUUGCUGUGGAAUGCUGAAAGAAAGAGAAGGAUCUAAUGGUCUCAUGCGUGGUAACAAUGAUUCCACAUCUUCCAAAACACUAAAGAAUGAUCGAUAUGAUUACUUUCAGUCAAAAUUGCACAGGCAUGAUGAUUACAGGUAUUUUGUAACCCCUGCCCUCCCACCAUUUAUUAUUUGCGCAUGAAAAUAAUCAUUUUCUAUUUUAUUUCCUUUUCUUUUCUUGUUUCUUGCUUAUUGUAAAGCUGUGAAGUGUUAAGUAUGUUUCCUUUGCAGUCAUAUGCAGAGUAUCCCCCUUUACAGUUAGUGUAACUAAACUUGAAUUGACUGUUUAGCUCUUCAGGUUCCCCUACUUUAUUCGUCUUUUACAAAUGAACAACUCAACAUGCAUGAUGUACUUAUUGAGUAGAAACUGGCGAUUUAUGUGCAAGGUAAAAAGGACUCAAAAAGCAUGCUACCUUUUUUUUUUUCUCCUUUUACAAGGGAAAAAUGCAAAGGAAAGUGAAUCUAAUGAAUGAAAAGUUGGUAACGGGCUUGAUUAAAAGUGGGAAAUGUAUAUACCACUGUUCGGCUAGAACUGUACUCGUAUAAACCCUACCAAUCAAUCUCAUAUUUAAACAGAUAUGUUGAGUGACAGCAUUUGUUUUAUAUUGACCGAUACAUUUUCGCAAUUGUCUGCGUUUUAGAUUCAUCAAAUCCCGUCUACAUCUACUUGAACAAUCAAAUCAAAUAGUUAUGAAUGUCUUUCACAAGAGAAAUUUUUAUAUGUCAAUAGGAUAUCACGUGGUACUACCUUCCACUAAUCACAAAUGUAUAUGUCCACUAUUUUUUCCUAAACACUUAUGUAUAGGAUUAUAAGGUCUAUUUUUUCCUAAUCACAAAUGUAAAAGUGGGCUUGACAAUAAGGUCUAUUAUACAUUUUAUAAUUGUAAUAGACCUUAUUGUCAAAGUCAAUCACAAUUAUAAAAGGUAGCACAGUAGCAAUUAGAACAGUUUUCUAUUUAUAUUAUUGGGACCCCAUUUUGUUCUUGGACUAAAAAUCCUGGCUGGCCAUAUUAAUGAUGCAGCUUAGACUUUGGGGGAAAUUUUCUUGACUUUUGGGUGCAUAGCAAGCCAAAUAAUAGAACUGCCUUGUUUACACUAUCGAUAUGUUUGGAUCUUGGAAUGCGAAACAAAAUUACUUAAACAUAUUCAUUUGUUUAUGGAUAACCAAACAAUUUCAACAAAUAUGAAAUACCUAUUCAUUUUCAUCGCACUUUCUAACCCAACCAAACAAAAUAAAGGAAUUUUAGCUUCUUUCUAUUCAUUUUCUUUUUGUAUAUGUUUUUCAUUCCCUAAGAAAAUACAAGAUGCAAUCACAACGUAAAUGAAAUGUACCUAGAAAACACAUACAAAUGCAUGUUUCUACUUGAGAUUCUUUAAUUUCCCUUACAGGGUUGUCUCUAAUAAUCUUGUUUACUCCUGUCAUAUUAGUUUUUUUUUUUUUGGCAAUUUUUUUUUUGUUAAGAUUGCAUAACUCGGUUUA